UUAACUGUGUGACCUUUGACCCCUGUAGCCCCUCCCACUGAGCGGACGAACCCGUUUCCGUCAUCUGUGCUGAUCCUGGGUCUGCUCUGCCUCCUGCUGCUCGUUGGGGUUUCCGUCAUGUCGUAUUUCUUCGUGCAGAAAUCCGAGGUCCAGGCCAAAGAAAACUCGUUAGAGGAUCAACAAAAGACGAGCAAAGAGUUGUGUCCUAAUGGAUGGAAGAGGUAUCAGUGUAAGUGUUAUAAACUUUCAACUGAGAAUAAAACCUGGGACGACAGCAGAGCGGACUGUCAACGCACAGGAGCCGAUCUGGUCGCCAUCAAGAGCAGAAAGGAAGAGGACUUUGUCAGCAGGCUGAGUGAACAUGAAGAUGUCUGGAUCGGUUUAGAGGUCACGCCCUCCUCCUUGGACCCUAAAUGGAUUUGGGUGGACGGAACACCAGUAGAAUACAAGAACUUUCCACAAAGCCCAAAAGUAAUUCCUGGAAGUAAAAAUUACUUUUACAAAGAAAAAAACGGACACUGGAAGUCCGUCACAGAUGGAACUAAAUGGUGGAUCUGUGAGAAGCCGGUGCCUGAACCCAACGAGGACGAUGAGGUUUAGAUGUUGGUUUACUGUCUGAGUUUGGAGACAAACUGUGACGGAAUACUCAUGAACCCAUAACAACCCAAACACCUACUGAUCUGAACUGUUGAAUACCUGCUGAUCCACUAAUACCAUCAAUACAUAUGUUAAAUAUAGUUCUUCAUCUUUUCAUCGUCAUCAGAUAUGACCAUAUUUGAACAUUCAGAGGCUCUGUAGUUACCGUGGAA